ACACCGACAACCACGACGCCUGGGUCUACAGCUACGGUUGCAUGCAUCAACCUCACAGGCGGAGGAUGUAUGUGCCCCAAUGGAGCGACUAACGCCGACUGUACUCAAUAUAUGACAGACUGCAAGGAUUACAAAUAUUAUGAUGGUACGACGGAAGGUCUUCUGCACAUCAAGCCAUCGGCUUGGACUGGACCACCAUUUCUAGUGCGCUGCUACAAAGGUGAAACCCUGAUUCAAAUGCGAGACGACGUCCCGUCUUGUCACAGCUUGUCCUUCAACCGCUCCUGGUCAGACUACAGACAAGGGUUCGGGGACAUCCAGAAUGGCUGUUUCUGGCUGGGCAAUGACAAGAUAUCGGCGCUGACCAGAUCAAGACCCUACGCGAUUAUUUUGGACACUAUAAUCAGUAGCCAAAUGAAAUGGAUAAUCAUCUAUUACGAUUUCGUAAUGAACACCGCUGCUAACAAGUAUCGUCUGAACUAUACAAGCACUUGGGGUAACGGAUUCUAUAACUGUGAUAGUUUUGGUGGUUCAUCUUUCAUCACGGAUGUCAAAGGUCACCAGUUCUACACGUAUGAUCAAGACAUCAAUGGAUGUGCUGCUGCGGACGGGGGAGGAUGGUGGUAUAAUACUGGAUGUUCUUACGGAAACCUUAACGGAAUCUGGCCAAAAUGGCCGCUAAAAGGAACAGUGCAUGUUUUAAAAGUAUCGUUGGUUUACAUACAACGAACAACUUAAACUAUUGAAAAAACUAAUCAUCGGACUUAAUCAGUGUUCAUAUCAGCUGAAUUUAAUAACUGUACCGCUUUAAUAUUUGUGAUAGACCUUUGCAACAUAAAUCAUUUGACAUUACAAAUAAAAUUAAAUUCACAUAUUUAGAACCAUAGUAGUUGGAAUAA